GAGUUCUUUUUCUUAAUUUGGAUUUAGUUCUAAUUUUGAAGGAGCAAGAAACGGGCACCUCCGGAGCCCAAGUCUGACCACACACGAAAACAAAAAGUGCUCCAUUAAUUCAACCAGGAAAAAUCAUAUAAUCGCCCCAAUUUUAUUACACCUCUCCCUCCCUAUCUCUCACACACAAGCUAGCUCCUCCUUUGCCAUGACCAUGAGUCUCUGGCUCUCAUUGCUUCUCCUCAUCGUCUCCUCAUCCGCAGUUUCGUUGGCUGAAGCAUCCCUGUGGCGCCGAUCCCACCUGUUCCAUGUGCACCGCAGCGAUGUAAUGGGGGCUCCGCAAACCUGCCACGGCCCCUUGGGUGUUUGUAUCAAUAGGGAUAAUGAAGAAGCAAUGAUGUUGGACCCGGAGAUUACCCGUAGAGCGCUGGUUCAAGGGCAGAGGUACAUUAGCUAUGCCGCCCUUAAACAAGAUAAUGUUCCGUGCAAACAACGCGGGCGGUCGUACUACAACUGCGGCGCCAGUGGCCGGGCCAACCCGUACCAAAGAGGGUGCAGCGUCAUCACGCAUUGCUAUAGAUUCACAAAUUAAAUUUAAGCGAAUUACUAAGUAAUAUUAAUAAUAUUUUAUCAAUAAUGAAGGGCUUUUACUGGACUUAAGAAGAGCUUUCAAAACACAUUUAAUUGUCUUAUUUGGUUCUUUAUUUUUAUUUUUUUGCUAGCUAAUAAUGUUAUUCUGAAUAU